UUGCUGACGAGACGCGGAUCAAAUUCUGCGACUCAUCAAGUGGUGAAAUGGCUGUACUCACUGAGUACGGCCGACACUCUGGUCAAUGGAUAGGCAUUAUAUUCAUUGUGGUGGUUUUCGUACCCUCUGCCACGGCGCUUAUCGAGGGACUGUAUUGUGGCACCGAGAUUUGUUACGAUGUGCUCGGAGUAUCGAGGGAAGCGGUUAAAUCGGACAUAGCCCGGGCUUACAGACAGCUAGCCAGAAAGUAUCACCCGGACAGAUUCUCAAGUCUUGCAGGCGAGACUCGAGAAAGUGCUCAUCAAAAAUUUCUGCUCAUUGCGACUGCGUAUGAAACUCUGAAGGAUGAGGACUCCCGUAGAGACUAUGACUACAUGCUGGACAACCCUGAAGAGUACUACAGCCACUACUACACCUACUACAGGAGACGACUGGCACCUAAAGUGGACGUACGGAUAGUCAUUCUGGUCACUGUGGUUGCUAUAUCCAUUUUCCAGUACUACAGUUGGUGGGCCAGCUACGCUGAAGCCAUCAACUACCUAUCAACGGUCCCCAAGUACCGUAUCCAGGCGACAGAGAUAGCCAAACAGCUGGGUCUCCUGAACAAGACAAAAGAGAAGGGCAAGAACCGACGGUCCAAAGAGGAGAUCCGGGAACAGGAAGAAGAAAUCAUCCGUGACAUCAUCAAGAACAAGAUCGACAUCAAGGGAGGCUACCAGAAGCCUAAAAUCUUGGACAUCCUGCUCUGUAAGAUUGUCCUGUUCCCUUACUGCCUGUGUGCCUAUGUGGUCUGGUACUGUAAGUGGAUCUACAGGUUCACCAUCUGCAGAGAGGAGUACGGAGACGAGGAGAAGCUGUACGUCAUCAGGAAGAACAUGAAGAUGUCUCAGUCUCAGUUUGACAGUCUGGAGGAGGAGCAGAGAGACACCUUACUGGAGAGGCAGCUCUGGAUCAAAGACAACUAUGAGGUGUACAAGGAAGAACAGGAGGAAGAGAUGAAGACGAAGAUGGCCCUGGAUCCCAGGUGGAAGAGGUACCGACGGUGGAUGAAGAAUGAAGGACCGGGACGGCUCACUUUUAUUGACGAUUGACGACAUGCCGAUCAAUAAUCACACCUGACUUGUGGCAAUAUAUACAGAUACACACUGUGUUAUACCGAUACAGUGCAUUGGGAAAGUAUACAGGCCCCUUUACUUUUUCCACAUUUUGUUACGUUACAGCCUUAUUCUAAAAUUGAUGGGAAAAAAUAUUUAAGAAAUCUACACACAAUACCCCAUAUUGACAAAGCAAAAACAGUUUUUUAGAUUUUUUUUGCAAAUGUAUAAAAAUAAAAAAAUCAUUUACAUUAGUAUUCAGACCCUUUACUCAGUACUUUGUUGAAGCACCUUUGGCAGCGAUUACAGCCUCGAGUCUUCUUGGGUAGGACGCUACAAGCUUGGCACACCUGUAUUUGGGGAGUUUCUCCCAUUUCUUCUCUGCAGAUCCUCUCAAGCUCUGUCAGGUUGGAUGGGGAGCGUUGCUGCACAGCUAUUUUCAGGUCUCCCCAGAGAUGUUUGAUCAGGUUCAAGUCCGGGCUCUGGCUGGGCCACUCAAGGACAUUCAGAGACUUGUCCCGAAGCCACUCCUGCCUUGUCUUGGCUGUGUGCUUAGGGUCAUUGUCCUGUUGGAAGGUGAACCUUCACCCCAGUCUGAGGGCCUGAGUGCUCUGGAGCAGGUUCUCAUCAAGGAUCUCUCUGUGCUUUGCUCCGUUCAUCUUUCCCUCCAUCCUGACUAGUCUCCCAGUCCCUGCCGCUGAAAAACAUCCCCACAGCAUGAUGCUGCCAUCACCGUGCUUCACCGUAGGGAUGGUGCCAGGUUUCCUCUAGAUGUGACGCUUUGCAUUCAGGGAAAGAGUUCAAUCUUGGUUUCAUCAGACCAGAGAAUCUUGUUUCUCAUGGUCUUAGAGUCCUUUAGGUGCCUUUUGGCAAACUCCAAGCAGGCUGUCAUGUGCCUUUUACUGAGGAGUGGCUUCCAUCUGGCCACUCUACCAUAAAGGCCUGAUUGGUGGAAUGCUGCAGAGAUGGUUGUCCUUCUGGCCACUCUACCAUAAAGGCCUGAUUGGUGGAGUGCUGCAGAGAUGGUUGUCCUUCUGGAAGGUUCUCUCAUCUCCACUGAGAAACUCUGGAGCUCUGUUAGAGUGACCAUUGGGUUCUUGGUGACCUCCCUGACCAAGGCCCUUCUCCCCCGAUUGCUUAGUUUGGCCGGGCGGCCAGCUCUAGGAAGAGUCUUGGUGGUUCCAGACUUUUUUUCCAUUUUAAGAAUGAGGCCACCGUGUUUUUGGGGACCUUCAAUGCUGCAGAAAUGUUUUGGUACCCUUCCCCAGAUCUGUGCCUUAAUACAAUCCUGUCUCGGCGCUCUACGGACAUUUCCUUCAACCUCAUGGCUUGGUUUUUGCUCUGACAUGCACUGUCAACUGUAGGACCUUUAUAUAGAUAGGUGUGUGCCUUUCCAAAUCAUGUCCAAUCAGUUGAAUUUAGCACAGACUUCAAUCAGGUUGUAGAAACAUCUCAAGGAUGAUCAAUGGAAACAGGAUGCACCUGAGCUCAAUGUUGAGUCUCAUAGCAAAUGGUCUGAAUACUUAUGUAAAUAAGGUAUUUCUGUUUUUAUUUUUAUUACAUUUGCAAAAAUGUCUAAAAACCUUGUGUAGAUUGAGGAAAUAAAAACUCAAUAAAUUUUUUAGAAAAGGCUGUAACGUAACAAAGUGGAAAAGAGAUACACUGUGAUAAAAUAUAUACAAACACACUGUGUUACACAGAUACACUGUUUGCAUACCUGAGAGUUUGUGAAUACGUCGACUGGUGUGUGUGUGUGUGUACAGACGAUUGACAAUAAUGCCUGUUUGUAUGGAGAGUUAUUUUCAUAGAUAUUGUAUUGGGGAUGUUUAAAGCCGGUGAAAGGUACUACUGUAUAACUAAUAAGAUGUAUUGAAGCCUUAUACAGCAUAUCGAGAGCUGGGGACUAGAAGGCUCUAUCUGCAAAAAGAUCAUUCUGAGAUAAUUGGCUUUAAAGUUCUGAACCCUCAUUGGUUUGAAAGGUGUUGGCUAUUUUUUUUAAAUCUUGUAUUCUUUGGAACUUAACACGAAUUGUGGUAUGUAGAGUACUAGAUACGUAGUGUAUUUAGAGUACAUUGUAUUUAGAGUACUAUGUAGUAUAUGUAGAGAACAUUGUAUUUAGAGUACUGUGUAGUAUAUGUAGAGAACAUUGUAUUUAGAGUACUGUGUAGUAUAUGUAGAGAACAUUGUAUUUAGAGUACUAUGUAGUAUAUGUAGAGAACAUUGUAUUUAGAGUACUAUAUAGUAUAUGUAGAGAACAUUGUAUUUAGAGUACUAUGUAGUAUAUGUAGAGAACAUUGUAUUUAAGAGUACUGUGUAGUAUAUGUAGAGAACAUUGUAUUUAGAGUACUAUGUAGUAUAUGUAGAGAACAUUGUAUUUAGAGUACUAUGUAGUAUAUGUAGAGAACAUUGUAUUUAGAGUACUAUGUAUGUAGAGAACAUUGUAUUUAGAGUACUAUAUAUGUAGAGAACAUUGUAGUUAGAGUACUAUGUAUGUAGAGAACAUUGUAUUUAGAGUACUAUAUAUGUAGAGAACAUUGUAUUUAGAGUACUAUAUAGUAUAUGUAGAGAACAUUGUAUUUAGAGUACUAUAUAGUAUAUGUAGAGAACAUUGUAUUUAGAGUACUAUGUAGUAUAUGUAGAGAACAUUGUAUUUAGAGUACUGUGUAGUAUAUGUAGAGAACAUUGUAUUUAGAGUACUAUGUAGUAUAUGUAGAGAACAUUGUAUUUAGAGAACUAUAUAUGUAGAGAACAUUGUAUUUAGAGUACUGUGUAGUAUAUGUAGAGAACAUUGUAUUUAGAGUACUGUGUAGUAUAUGUAGAGAACAUUGUAUUUAGAGUACUGUGUAGUAUAUGUAGAGAACAUUGUAUUUAGAGUACUAUGAAGUAUAUGUAGAGAACAUUGUAUUUAGAGUAAUAUGAAGUAUAUGUAGAGAACAUUGUAUUUAGAGUACUAUGUAGUAUAUGUAGAGAUCAUUGUAUUUAGAGUACUGUGUAGUAUAUGUAGAGAACAUUGUAUUUAGAGUACUAUGUAGUAUAUGUAGAGAACAUUGUAUUUAGAGUACUAUGUAUGUAGAGAACAUUGUAUUUAGAGUACUAUAUAUGUAGAGAACAUUGUAGUUAGAGUACUAUGUAUGUAGAGAACAUUGUAUUUAGAGUACUAUAUAUGUAGAGAACAUUGUAUUUAGAGUACUAUAUAUGUAGAGAACAUUGUAUUUAGAGUACUGUGUAGUAUAUGUAGAGAACAUUGUAUUUAGAGUACUGUGUAGUAUAUGUAGAGAACAUUGUAGUUAGAGUACUAUGUAUGUAGAGAACAUUGUAUUUAGAGUACUAUAUAUGUAGAGAACAUUGUAUUUAGAGUACUAUAUAUGUAGAGAACAUUGUAUUUAGAGUACUAUAUAGUAUAUGUAGAGAACAUUGUAUUUAGAGUACUAUGUAGUAUAUGUAGAGAACAUUGUAUUUAGAGUACUGUGUAGUAUAUGUAGAGAACAUUGUAUUUAGAGUACUAUGUAGUAUAUGUAGAGAACAUUGUAUUUAGAGUACUAUAUAUGUAGAGAACAUUGUAUUUAGAGUACUAUGUAGUAUAUGUAGAGAACAUUGUAUUUAGAGUACUGUGUAGUAUAUGUAGAGAACAUUGUAUUUAGAGUACUGUGUAGUAUAUGUAGAGAACAUUGUAUUUAGAGUACUGUGUAGUAUAUGUAGAGAACAUUGUAUUUAGAGUACUAUGUAGUAUAUGUAGAGAACAUUGUAUUUAGAGUACUAUGUAGUAUAUGUAGAGAACAUUGUAUUUAGAGUACUAUGUAUGUAGAGAACAUUGUAUUUAGAGUACUAUAUAUGUAGAGAACAUUGUAGUUAGAGUACUAUGUAUGUAGAGAACAUUGUAUUUAGAGUACUAUAUAUGUAGAGAACAUUGUAUUUAGAGUACUAUAUAGUAUAUGUAGAGAACAUUGUAUUUAGAGUACUAUAUAGUAUAUGUAGAGAACAUUGUAUUUAGAGUACUAUGUAGUAUAUGUAGAGAACAUUGUAUUUAGAGUACUGUGUAGUAUAUGUAGAGAACAUUGUAUUUAGAGUACUAUGUAGUAUAUGUAGAGAACAUUGUAUUUAGAGUACUAUAUAUGUAGAGAACAUUGUAUUUAGAGUACUGUGUAGUAUAUGUAGAGAACAUUGUAUUUAGAGUACUGUGUAGUAUAUGUAGAGAACAUUGUAUUUAGAGUACUGUGUAGUAUAUGUAGAGAACAUUGUAUUUAGAGUACUAUGAAGUAUAUGUAGAGAACAUUGUAUUUAGAGUAAUAUGAAGUAUAUGUAGAGAACAUUGUAUUUAGAGUACUAUGUAGUAUAUGUAGAGAACAUUGUAUUUAGAGUACUAUGUAUGUAGAGAACAUUGUAUUUAGAGUACUAUAUAUGUAGAGAACAUUGUAGUUAGAGUACUAUGUAUGUAGAGAACAUUGUAUUUAGAGUACUAUAUAUGUAGAGAACAUUGUAUUUAGAGUACUAUAUAUGUAGAGAACAUUGUAUUUAGAGUACUGUGUAGUAUAUGUAGAGAACAUUGUAUUUAGAGUACUGUGUAGUAUAUGUAGAGAACAUUGUAGUUAGAGUACUAUGUAUGUAGAGAACAUUGUAUUUAGAGUACUAUAUAUGUAGAGAACAUUGUAUUUAGAGUACUAUAUAUGUAGAGAACAUUGUAUUUAGAGUACUAUAUAGUAUAUGUAGAGAACAUUGUAUUUAGAGUACUAUGUAGUAUAUGUAGAGAACAUUGUAUUUAGAGUACUGUGUAGUAUAUGUAGAGAACAUUGUAUUUAGAGUACUAUGUAGUAUAUGUAGAGAACAUUGUAUUUAGAGUACUAUAUAUGUAGAGAACAUUGUAUUUAGAGUACUGUGUAGUAUAUGUAGAGAACAUUGUAUUUAGAGUACUGUGUAGUAUAUGUAGAGAACAUUGUAUUUAGAGUACUAUGAAGUAUAUGUAGAGAACAUUGUAUUUAGAGUACUAUGAAGUAUAUGUAGAGAACGUUGUAUAUGUAGAGAACAUUGUAUUUAGAGUACUAUGAAGUAUAUGUAGAGAACGUUGUAUAUGUAGAGAACAUUGUAUUUAGAGUACUAUGAAGUAUAUGUAGAGAACGUUGUAUAUGUAGAGAACAUUGUAUUUAGAGUACUAUGUAGUAUAUGUAGAGAACAUUGUAUUUAGAGUAGUAUAUGUAGAGAACAUUGUAUUUAGAGUACUGUGAAGUAUAUGUAGAGAACAUUGUAUUUAGAGUACUGUGUAGUAUAUGUAGAGAACAUUGUAUUUAGAGUACUAUGUAGUAUAUGUAGAGAACAUUGUAUUUAGAGUACUAUGAAGUAUAUGUAGAGAACAUUGUAUUUAGAGUACUGUGUAGUAUAUGUAGAGAACGUUGUAUAUGUAGAGAACAUUGUAUUUAGAGUACUAUGAAGUAUAUGUAGAGAACGUUGUAUAUGUAGAGAACAUUGUAUUUAGAGUACUGUGUAGUAUAUGUAGAGAACGUUGUAUAUGUAGAGAACAUUGUAUUUAGAGUACUAUGAAGUAUAUGUAGAGAACGUUGUAUAUGUAGAGAACAUUGUAUUUAGAGUACUAUGAAGUAUAUGUAGAGAACGUUGUAUAUGUAGAGAACAUUGUAUUUAGAGUACUGUGAAGUAUAUGUAGAGAACGUUGUAUAUGUAGAGAACAUUGUAUUUAGAGUACUGUGAAGUAUAUGUAGAGAACGUUGUAUAUGUAGAGAACAUUGUAUUUAGAGUAGUAUAUGUAGAGAACAUUGUAUUUAGAGUACUGUGAAGUAUAUGUAGAGAACGUUGUAUAUGUAGAGAACAUUGUAUUUAGAGUACUGUGAAGUAUAUGUAGAGAACAUUGUAUUUAGAGUAGUAUAUGUAGAGAACAUUGUAUUUAGAGUAAUAUGAAGUAUAUGUAGAGAACGUUGUAUAUGUAGAGAACAUUGUAUUUAGAGUACUAUGAAGUAUAUGUAGAGAACGUUGUAUAUGUAGAGAACAUUGUAUUUAGAGUACUGUGAAGUAUAUGUAGAGAACGUUGUAUUUAGAGUACUGUGAAGUAUAUGUAGAGAACAUUGUAUUUAGAGUACUAUAUAUGUAGAGAACAUUGUAUUUAGAGUACUGUGUAGUAUAUGUAGAGAACAUUGUAUUUAGAGUACUGUGAAGUAUAUGUAGAUAGAACUUUCUAGCCCCAACCUCUGCUGGUAUAUGUGACGCCUUUCAUAAUAUGACCUUUCUGCUCUACAGGGAAAAGCUCAUGGUGUGAGAGAGUCAGACGAUGUAUUUAAAACCUGCCUGGAGGAACUGUUCUUAUUACGAAGUCCGUAUCCUAAAUGGAACCCUGUAUAGUGCACCACUUCUGGUCAAAACUAGUGCACUAUAUAGUGUGCCACUUCUGGUCAAAACUAGUGCACUAUAUAGUGCGCCACUUCUGGUCAAAACUAGUGCACUAUAUAGUGCACCACUUCUGGUCAAAACUAGUGCACUGUAUAGUGUGCCACUUCUGGUCAAAACUAGUGCACUAUAUAGUGUGCCACUUCUGGUCAAAACUAGUGCACUAUAUAGUGCGCCACUUCUGGUCAAAACUAGUGCACUAUAUUGUGUGCCACUUCUGGUCAAAACUAGUGCACUAUAUAGUGUGCCACUUCUGGUCAAAACUAGUGCACUAUAUAGUGUGUCACUUUUAGUCAAAACUAGUGCACUAUAUAGUGUGUCACUUUUAGUCAAAACUAGUGCACUAUAUAGUGCGCCACUUCUGGUCAAACUAGUGCACUAUAUAGUGUGCCACUAGGGACAGACACAUCAAGGGUUAGGCAGGGUUGUAUAGUCUGUUAUUAUAGAUGCUCAUCGUCUGUCUCUGGUCCUAACUGUUAUCCCGUCAGACACAGAUUAAACCCUACUUGGGCAAUCUCUACUGAAAGUGCUUUUUAAUCCAGGAAUAGCCUUCACCUGGGUUAUGGGAAACCCGUCUGUUAUGGGUUAGAAUGGAAUUGGCCUUCCUAUGAAUUGUCGUACCUGGGAAGGCUAUUUUGAAUCACAACUGAAAGUACUGGUACACAGUACUCAGAACCCAGUAAAAAUGAGUCCUGGCUCUGUGAUAUUAGUUCUGCCCCCAUUCUUUACUUUAAAUAUUUACUUCGUUGCAUGUUAACAGCCAACAAAUCAAGCUUCAUUUGAUCUAUACUGUAAUAAUAAGGUAUAGUAUGGAGUAGUUGGGUACGUGUUGAGAUUUGUUGGAUUGAAAACACAAACAUGAUUUUUUUUUUUUAAAUGAAACCAGAGAUUCAAAAAGCAUCUUGUUGGUAUUAUCAUGGUACUGCAUUUGGGUUUAUUUGUAUUUAAAAUCACUGUCAGUCUAGUUAGUCAGUCUCUGUCUGUGUCCCACGUGGACCCUAUUCCAUAUAGACCUGCAAUACUUUUGACCAGGGCACAUAAGACUUUGGUCAAAAGUAGUGUACUAUAUAGGGAAUUAGGGUGUGUAUUUGGGACAAAGUCUAGGUUUAUUGUUGAUCAUGUAACCAUAACAUGAUUAAAUCUGCCCCUCAGACUGUG